AUGGUAGCGCUAAAAACUCUUCUAAUAGGUGUGGGUGCCUUUUCAGGUUUUGCAAUAGUAGUAGUCGUAUUAGGGCUCAUCCCUGUAUACACAAGAACCACUGUUACCACAGCAACUACAAUAACAACAACAGCAACAACAACAACAACAACAGCAACAACAACAACAACAACAACAACAACAACUACAACAACAACAACGACAACUGCAACCGGUACAACUGCAUCAACUACUACUACUACACAAGCAGCUGGUACGACUGCUUCUACUACCACUACUGCACAAGGAACUGCAACAGGUACAACUGCAUCAACUACAACUACUACACAAGCAACUGGUACGACUGCUUCAACUACCACUACUACUCAAGCAACUGGUACAACUGCAUCGACUACCACUACACAAGGAACAGGCACAGCAGCAUCAACUUCUGCAUCAACAGCCACAACCAUGAGCACGACGUCAAGUACAGUUACCAAAACAUCAACGACAACAACAACUACAGCCAUGAGCACAACGGCAAGUAGUACAAUAGUGGCAGAUACAAUCACUGAUGAAUCAGAUGUUAUAAUAACAACAACAACAAUGACUUCGGUAAUCACUGCUAGUACGACAGCAGGAAGUAUGAGUAGUAUCUCAAGUGCUACAAUUACAGCUACAACUAUCAGUCUGAUGGCAACUGGUACAAUGUUAACAGGAACUAUGAACAGUGUAUCAACAGAUACAAUGCCCCCAACGACUAUGAACACGGUAUCAGCUACAGCAAUAACCUUAGGAACAAUGAGUACAAUGACCGCAGUAAAUAUGAGCACAAUAACAAUGGCAUCACCUGAAACUAGUACAGCACUACCGAUGAGCAAAUUAAGCACGUUGUUAAGUGAUUCAAGUACAAUGGUAACGAUGACGUCCAUGAGCACCACAGGAAUGUUACCAACAUUAUCGAAUACUGGAUCAAGUCUUUCGAUAGGCGAUGGAACAAGUACUCAGUUGACUGGUUCAAUCAGUCAAAUGUCUACGAAUACUUACAGCACAGUAACCCCGGUGACUCAAGCUUCAAGCGUUUCGAUACUCACGACAUCAGCUUCACUAUCAUCAAUAAUGUCUAUGGUAUCCGGUACUACUUCAACAAUGACAACGAUGUAUGAGGUAACAACUGAAGAAACAUAA